AUGACCUCACCCUAUGUCAACAGGCUAGUCAACAGCCAGGAGUCCGUCGAUUUCCGUAAAGCUGCUGGCAAAACGGUUGUUUUGACUGGAGGCAGCAGUGGCCUGGGCCUGGCUUACAUGCAAGCUCUGAUAGCUGCUGGAGCUUUCGUGGUAAAUGGCGAUAUUAACCCGCCUUCAGUGGCCAUUCCCUCUGAUAAAGGAGUAUUUGUCAAAUGUGAUGUAUCAAGUUGGCAUGAGCAGGUCAACGUGUUCCGGAGGGCCAAAGAAAAGUCACCAAACGGAAAUAUCGACGUCGUUAUUGCAAAUGCUGGGAUAUAUGGACCGGACACUCUUGAUGGGUUGUCGGAUGAGGAACCCACAAAGCCAAAUACGGCUAUUCUGAAUGUGAACCUUGUAGGGGUGAUAUAUACCACUCGACUUGCUGCAUGGAGUUUUAAAAAACAAGGAACCCUGGAUCCCUGUAUAAUUCUGAUAACCAGUAUUAUGGGAUAUAUUGAUACUCAGGGAUCUUCUCUUUAUUCAGCGGCAAAACAUGGUGUCCGAGGCUUAAUGACCUGUUUGAGACGAAAGCAGGCGAUCCGGGUCAACUGUAUUGCACCAUGGUUCAUCGCAACUCCUAUUCUCAAGGACAGUUUUGUAGAAUCUACCCGUCGCCAAUUUGAGGCGAAAGGGGUUGACUUUGCUCUCGCCGAGGAUGCUGUCUCAGCUGUUUUCCGGCUUGUGACAGACACUUCGAUUAAUGGUCGGACGUUGGGCAUUGUACCCCGACAGCUGUCUUCUUCUGGCUACAUGGAUCUGAAUCAUGAUGAUUAUAAUGAAUCAGACCCCCUUUACAAUCUACAGAUAGUAGCGAGUACACUGGUUUAUGAUGGAGUGGCUUAG